GGCGGCUGAGGAGGCUGCGGGAGGGGAUGGUGCGCCUGGCGGAGGCGGUGGCGGGCGCCGCUCCGGCUCCUCCAUCCCCCCCGCCGUCGCCAUGGGUGUGAGCGGGGCCCGGCGGCCCGCGCAGAUAUGAGCUUCCUUCACAGCUGUCCACAAACCUUUUUGUAUGAUGUCUCUGCUGCAGAGUGUGGCCUGCAUGGUAUCUUCUGCUGGAGUCAUAAGACCUGGUUUUCAAGGCAUCCAUUAAUAAGCUAAAAGUGAAAGAACCAUGGCUCAGUUUCCAACACCUUUUGGGGGCAACCUGGAUAUCUGGGCUAUUACUGUGGAGGAGAGAGCUAAACAUGAUCAACAGUUCCACAGUCUGAAACCAACAUCUGGAUUUAUCACUGGUGAUCAAGCUAGAAACUUUUUUUUUCAGUCUGGGUUACCUCAGCCGGUGUUAGCACAGAUAUGGGCUUUAGCUGACAUGAACAAUGAUGGAAGGAUGGAUCAGCUGGAGUUUUCAAUAGCUAUGAAACUUAUCAAAUUAAAACUACAAGGCUAUCAACUCCCAUCUGCGCUGCCUCCUGUCAUGAAGCAGCCACCUAUUGCUCUGUCUGGUGCACCAGGGUUUGGUAUUGGGGGCAUUGCCAGCAUGCCAUCUCUUACAACUGUUGCCCCAGUGCCAAUGGCAUCUAUUCCAGUAGUAGGAAUGUCUCCGCCAUUAGUAUCUUCUGUUCCUGCAGCAGCAGUGCCUCCCCUGGCCAAUGGAGCUCCUGCUGUUAUACAGCCUCUGCCUGCUUUUGCUCAUCCUGCCACAUUGCCAAAGAGUUCUUCCUUUAGUAGAUCUGGUCCAGGAUCACAGCUGAACACAAAACUGCAAAAGGCACAAUCAUUUGAUGUGGCUAGUGUGCCUCCUGUGGCAGAGUGGGCAGUACCUCAGUCAUCAAGACUGAAAUACAGACAGUUGUUCAAUAGCCACGAUAAAACAAUGAGUGGACACUUAACAGGUCCGCAAGCAAGAACUAUUCUUAUGCAGUCAAGUUUACCCCAGGCUCAGCUGGCUACGAUAUGGAAUCUUUCAGAUAUUGAUCAAGAUGGAAAGCUUACGGCUGAAGAGUUUAUUCUGGCUAUGCACUUAAUUGAUGUAGCUAUGUCUGGUCAGCCACUGCCACCUGUGCUGCCUCCGGAAUAUAUUCCACCUUCAUUUAGAAGAGUACGCUCUGGUAGUGGCGUAUCUGCUGUAAGUUCAGUAUCUGUAGACCAAAGGUUACCAGAAGAACCAGCAUUAGAAGAAGAACAGCAGCAACUGGAAAAGAAAUUACCAGUUACAUUUGAAGAUAAAAAACGUGAGAACUUUGAACGUGGCAAUCUAGAACUUGAAAAACGGAGGCAGGCUCUCCUGGAACAGCAACGGAAAGAGCAAGAGCGUCUAGCACAGCUGGAGCGGGCAGAGCAAGAACGGAAGGAACGUGAGCGACAAGAGCAAGAGCGGAAAAGACAACUGGAGCUAGAGAAACAGCUGGAGAAACAACGGGAAUUGGAACGGCAGAGAGAAGAGGAGAGGAGGAAAGAGAUAGAAAGAAGAGAGGCUGCAAAACGGGAACUUGAGAGGCAGAGGCAACUUGAAUGGGAACAUAAUCGUCGGCAAGAACUGCUAAAUCAAAGAAACAGAGAACAAGAGGACAUAGUUGUUCUGAAGGCAAAGAAGAAAACUUUAGAAUUUGAGCUGGAAGCUCUAAAUGAUAAAAAAAAUCAGUUGGAAGGAAAGCUUCAGGAUAUAAGAUGUCGGCUGUCUACCCAAAGACAAGAAAUUGAAAGUACAAAUAAAUCUAGAGAACUGAGAAUUGCAGAAAUCACCCAUUUGCAGCAGCAGCUACAGGAAUCUCAGCAGAUGCUUGGAAAGUUGAUUCCAGAAAAGCAAUUGCUCAAUGACCAACUGAAGCAGGUUCAACAGAACAGUUUGCAUAGAGAUUCUCUUCUUACUAUCAGAAGAGCCUUAGAAGCCAAGGAACUAGCCCGUCAACAGCUUCGAGACCAGCUAGAUGAAGUAGAAAAAGAAACCAGAUCUAAACUUCAGGAAAUUGAUAUUUUCAAUAAUCAGCUGAAGUCAAUGGCAAUGGAAGAUGCAAUGCUGCAGUGCCUGGCAGUUCUCCUGGGCUGCGUCAACUACUUAGACUCCUUUCUAAAGGAGCUGAGAGAAAUACAUAACAAACAGCAACUUCAGAAACAAAAGAACUUGGAAGCUGAGAGGCUGAAACAGAAAGAACAAGAAAGGAAGACAGAACUGGAAAAGCAAAGAGAAGCUCAAAGGAGAAUCCAGGAUCGGGAUAAACAACGGCUGGAUCGAGUGCAACAAGAAGAGGAACCUCAAUGGCAAAAAAAAAAUCAAGAAGAUGACAAGCAAAAAAGGGAAGAAAUAAUUAAAAAGAAGGAAAGUGAGGAUAAGGGGAAACAGGAAAUCCAAGAGAAACCGAGUAAGCUUUUCCAACCACAUCAAGAACCAGUUAAGCCAGCUGUCCAGGCUCCAUGGUCAAAUGCAGGAAAAGCUCCACUAACAAUUUCUGCUCAGGAGGAUGUAAAAAUAGUGUAUUAUAGAGCACUGUAUCCUUUUGAAUCAAGAAGCCAUGAUGAAAUCACUAUUCAACCUGGCGACAUAGUCAUGGUGGAUGAAAGUCAGACUGGAGAACCAGGGUGGCUUGGUGGAGAAUUGAAGGGAAAAACUGGAUGGUUCCCGGCAAACUAUGCAGAAAAAAUACCUGAAAGUGAAGUUCCAGCGUCUAUAAAACCAGUUGAGGCAGCUCCUGCACCUAAAGUUUCUGUGCAUGAAACAACCACAUCACUGGGAACUGCUGCAUCUACAGAGUGCACGGCAACUGCCAACAACUGGGCAGACUUCAGUUCAACAUGGCCAGCAAACACUAAUGAGAAACAAGAGACAGACAACUGGGAUGCCUGGGCAGCUCAGCCGUCGUUGACAGUUCCCAGUGCAGGGCAGCUGCGGCAGAGAUCAGCCUUCACCCCUGCCACUGUUACAGGAUCAUCUCCCUCUCCCGUUUUGGGUCAGGGUGAAAAAGUGGAGGGACUUCAAGCACAGGCUUUGUAUCCUUGGAGAGCAAAAAAAGAUAACCACCUUAAUUUCAACAAAAAUGAUGUCAUCACAGUUUUAGAGCAGCAAGAUAUGUGGUGGUUUGGAGAAGUUCAAGGACAAAAGGGCUGGUUUCCUAAGUCAUAUGUGAAGCUUAUUUCAGGCCCCAUUAGGAAGUCAACAAGCAUGGAUUCUGGUUCUUCAGAAAGUCCUGCUAGUCUGAAAAGAGUAGCAUCACCAGCAGCUAAAGCAACUAUGUCAGGUGAAGAAUAUGUUGCUAUGUAUACUUACGAGAGUUCUGAGCAAGGAGACCUAACCUUUCAGCAAGGUGAUAUGAUUCUUGUGACAAAGAAAGAUGGCGACUGGUGGACAGGAACGCUGGGUGAUAAAACAGGAGUUUUCCCAUCUAAUUAUGUGAGACUCAAAGAUUCUGAGGCUUCUGGAGCAGCUGGAAAAACAGGAAGCUUAGGGAAGAAACCUGAAAUUGCCCAAGUUAUUGCCUCUUACACAGCAACGGGUCCAGAACAACUCACCCUUGCUCCUGGUCAGUUGAUUCUUAUCAGAAAGAAGAACCCAGGUGGCUGGUGGGAAGGAGAGCUCCAAGCACGAGGGAAAAAACGACAAAUAGGAUGGUUUCCUGCUAAUUAUGUAAAACUCUUGAGCCCUGGUACCAGUAAAACUACGCCAACCGAGCUACCUAAAUCAACAGCAUUACCUUCAGUGUGCCAAGUAAUUGGCAUGUAUGACUACACUGCACAGAAUGAUGAUGAGCUAGCAUUCAAUAAAGGCCAGAUUAUAAACGUCCUUAACAAGGAAGACCCAGACUGGUGGAAAGGGGAGGUGAAUGGACAAGUGGGUCUCUUCCCAUCCAACUAUGUGAAGCUGACAACAGAUACGGACCCAAGCCAGCAAUGGUGUGCAGACUUGCAUCUUCUGGAUAUGUUGACACCUACUGAAAGAAAAAGGCAGGGAUACAUCCAUGAGCUCAUUGUCACAGAAGAGAACUAUGUAAAUGAUUUGCAGUUGGUCACAGAGAUCUUCCAGAAACCACUAAUGGAAUCUGAGCUGCUAACAGAAAAGGAAGUUGCUAUGAUUUUUGUUAACUGGAAGGAACUGAUUAUGUGCAAUAUAAAACUACUGAAGGCCUUGCGUGUGCGUAAGAAGAUGUCUGGAGAGAAGAUGCCAGUGAAAAUGAUUGGCGACAUCCUGACAGCUCAGCUGCCACACAUGCAGCCAUACAUUCGGUUCUGUAGCUGCCAGCUCAAUGGGGCAGCACUCAUUCAGCAGAAAACAGAUGAAGUCCCCGAAUUCAAGGAGUUUGUAAAAAGGUUAGCAAUGGAUCCUCGCUGUAAAGGAAUGCCACUAUCAAGUUUUCUACUAAAGCCUAUGCAACGGGUAACAAGAUACCCACUAAUAAUUAAAAAUAUAAUAGAAAACACUCCUGAAAACCAUCCUGACCACAGUCACUUGAAGCAUGCUCUUGAAAAAGCAGAAGAAUUAUGUUCUCAAGUAAAUGAAGGAGUGCGAGAGAAAGAAAAUUCAGAUAGGCUGGAGUGGAUCCAGGCUCAUGUUCAGUGCGAAGGCCUCUCUGAGCAACUCGUAUUUAAUUCUGUUACAAACUGCUUGGGACCACGCAAGUUUCUGCACAGUGGGAAGCUCUAUAAAGCCAAGAGUAACAAGGAACUGUAUGGCUUUCUGUUCAACGAUUUCCUCCUCUUGACUCAGAUCAUAAAACCUCUUGGCUCUUCUGGCACAGACAAGGUCUUCAGCCCCAAGUCUAAUCUGCAGUACAAAAUGUACAAAACUCCCAUUUUUCUAAAUGAAGUACUAGUAAAAUUACCCACAGACCCUUCUGGAGAUGAGCCCAUUUUCCAUAUCUCCCACAUUGACAGAGUCUAUACACUCCGGGCUGAAAGCAUUAAUGAAAGGACUGCAUGGGUUCAGAAAAUUAAAGCUGCUUCGGAACUUUACAUAGAGACUGAAAAGAAGAAGAGGGAAAAGGCCUACUUAGUUCGCUCACAAAGAGCAACGGGCAUUGGGAGGUUGAUGGUGAAUAUUGUUGAAGGCAUUGAACUAAAACCUUGCAGAUCCCAUGGAAAGAGUAAUCCAUACUGUGAGGUGACGAUGGGCUCUCAGUGCCACAUCACCAAGACAAUGCAGGACACCCUCAAUCCGAAGUGGAACUCCAACUGCCAGUUCUUUAUCAAAGACCUCGAGCAGGACGUACUCUGCAUCACGGUGUUUGAGAGGGACCAGUUCUCCCCAGAUGACUUUUUGGGCAGAACAGAGAUCCGUGUGGCAGACAUUAAGAAGGAUCAGGGUUCAAAGGGACCAGUUACAAAGUGUCUCCUUCUCCAUGAAGUCCCAACAGGAGAGAUAGUCGUCCGACUGGACCUGCAAUUGUUUGAUGAGCCUUAGAAGGAAAGGGACCAAUGUUUUGGGUUUUUUUUUUUGGUCUGAGUUCACUGCAAUAUAGGUAUCUGCAGAAGCUGUCACAAAACCCUUAUUGGUUUGAUACGAAACUACUGCUUGCCCUUCACACACAAGAGGGUUAUCAAAGCAAACAGGAGCAUCUUUGUGCCUUGAUAAUUCUCACUGAAAAACGAGUCCCAGUUUAGUGAGGAAAUCUCCCUCAAUUUCUCUAUGUGGAACCUGAUGUUAGUUUCCUGGGUUUAUGAAGUAACCUGGCUGUUCGUUGUGCUGCAGCCUGAAAGGCUGGCACACCACAUAGGUCCCCGUGCUUGCUCCAGUUACUCUACUCGUUAAUUUACAUGAAGAAGGCAAUGUUGGUAUGUUUGGUGGCUUUCUGCAGGGUUUUCCCCCAUAAGGAAUUCUGUGCCUAUUGCUCAGCAAAGUGGCGUGUAAAUGUUUUGUGAAUGGAACAAGCAGUUAUGCAGUAAGAAGAUCUCUGGAGAUCUUCAUGGCGAUACUGAAAAUAUUUAGAAAAUAAAUAGUCUAUAUCUAUAAACAGAGAAGAUUCUAUUAACAUACCACUUCAUGACUCACAUUGCCCCCAGAAUAAAUUACGUGCAGGCCUUGUGCACAGAGAUGAGUUACACUCCAGAAGAGUCCACCCACUCAGUACCUUCGGAAGAAGUGUUUGAACAGUGAGUGAAGGACGGAAUAUAGAGCCCUGCUGAAUGUUGUGCUGUACCACUUCAAUACUGUUUUACUGCUGCUGCUCAGUUGUGUGAAUGCAGAUGGAUGUUCCGUCACCUGCAGUGAGGAAGGAAAGCAAUGAUGGCUCUAGCUCAGGAAGCUCAUUUCUACCCCGCAGAGUCUAGUUUGCAAAGCAAUCAGUGACCAGUUAUUAAACUGUACUGUGCCUGACUGCAUUUGACAUCGUGUUGCUGAAUUCAGGGCAGUAGCACAUUGUCACUCACAGCAGUGUUUGCUGCAAACCAGGCUGGUCACAAAGUUGGUGGCAAAGAUGGUAGACGUGAACAGAAUGAAGUGUUUGUGAUUGUAUGGAGUGGGUAACCCGAGGGUAAUGUCUUUUUCAUCUUGGGGAACACAAAAGGUUAUAUAUGCGUUAAACUCAACACGUAGCACACAUACAGGCCAACGUCCAGCAAACUUCCCACGUUUGGCAAACCAUCUGUCCCUAAGUGCACACAUAGGUUGCAUUUCCCUUAAGUACACAACUGAGUGCUUUGCUAAGACCGGAUGUGACAGACCCCUAAGAGUAAAAUUCAUCUUUGUUCUGCCUGGAAUCAUUUCGUUCAUUACCUAUCAUGCAUACACUGGUAUUUUUGUAAUGACUUUAAUUCUGAAUGGGAGGUGUCAGCCUGUUCCAUUAGCAUGUGAAUGUUCUCGUGGAGCCUGUUGUUAGGUUUUGAUGUUCUUUGCAUGUCCUUUCAGUACUGGUUUCCACCUUCCCUGUAUAGAUGGUGUUCUCUAGCACUACAAUUCUUAUUGAUUUCCAUUAGGAAAUUAGGAUAUAUUCAUAACGGAUAGGUAGAAACAGUAUGGUAAUAAGUGUAAACUGUGCUGGGAAGUGUCUGUGUAUUAUAAUUUCCUAUGAGACCACUGUAAUGUUUCAAGCAAUGGGAAAAAAUGUAUGUUGGAGGGACGACAAAGUUUACAUUUCAUACUUUUCAGAAUCGCUUUAUUAUUUAUUUAUUGAAGAUAGUGUAGAAUUUUGUAUCAGAAAUGACAGACAUACUUAUGUAUUUUUUGAAACAGAAAAGCAGAGAUACACACUUUAGUUAGAAACUUUCAACUGAUCACAUUUUAGAGGGAGUGCAACUUCCUGGGCAUGCAUUUGGUUACCACUAACUGGCAGAAAACAUGAUUAAGAGAACUUUAAGUUUCUAUUUUUCAAUGUUGUUAAGAAAAUUGUUUCGAUUAAAAUAUGUAAAUAGUACUAAACCCAUGUUUUCCUAAUUCCAUAUCAAUACAUUUUAUUAAAUAUAACGUAUAUGAAAAUACACGUUGUUGUGGUAGAAUUAAAAAAAGUGAUAAAAUCUAUUAAUGGGCAACAUUAAAUGUCAUUUAAUGUCAUGUCUAACCUUUUAUUGCUGUCCUAAUUUUACUCACUAGCUGGACAUACAGUGAAUUCCUUUCAGUGUUUAGAAAAUCGGAUCAUCUUUUUAUGGCAUCAUUUCCACAGCAUGAAUUUCAGCAAAAAAUAAGUAGACAAAUAGGAAAAAAAUACUAUGGAUGUGAUGCAGAGAUCCAGUCCAGGUUUCCAGAAGAAGCCUCAAGUUGCUGCGUUUUCCUCUGAGAUUCAAUUGCUGUUGGAAGUGGUUGCCAGGUAGCUGUGGGGGCUCCUCUUGGACUGUGACCCCAUCAUCGAUACGUCAGAUUGCAUCUUUUUAUGUGGAAACACAACUGAGCACCUUCCCAACCACCAUCGCUUGUCAUUUCCAGCUUGCCCUCAAUGCAUGGGAACGUUUAGUUCCUGUUAAUGCCAAUGAAUGCCAUGCAUGUGUGAGAUGAUGAUGAAGGGCUGGGGUUCAGCUCCUGGAUUUCUAACUUGCGAUCAGUCCUUGUAAUUUCCCUUGUCCAUCCAGGACUUCAUGUGUUGUGGAGUUGUGGGACUGGCAAGGCCUCUUCUUCCAGGUAACCGUGAUACGAUAAGUUGUGCUAGGGGAGGUUCAGGUUGGAUAUUAGGAGAAAUGUCUUCUCAGCAAGAGCAGUGCUGCAGUGGCACAGGCUGCCCAGGGAGGUGGUGCAGUCACCGUCCCUGAGGUGUUCAGGAGCCGUGUGGAUGUGGCACUGAGGGACGUGGGCAGUGGGCGGGGGGGGGUGGGCUGGUGGCUGGACUGGGGGAUCUGGAAGUCUUUUCCAACCUUAAUGGUAUUGUGGUUCUAAGCCUGGGGUAUGUUAAGCUCUCCUCUGCCAGGGCUGCACCUCACACUUUCCCAGCAGGGUUGCACUGCGAACUCCACUUUCCGAUCCAUAGGCUCUGAUCCAUUGCUGUUAAUUACCUUUGUGUCUCAGCUAGAACAAAGGAUACUAGAAGCUGGCUGGAUGCUCGUGUGGUAUGCUGGAGAUGCAGGGAUGAGUUCAAGGAGCCUACAUGACAAAGUUGAUUCAAAUUGUAUAAGGACUGGUAGAUUGCAGUUGCUGAAGAGAUCGUCAAACAACAAGUCAACGUUAAGAUAAAGGAGUUCAUGUUCUUUGCAGAUCUGUUUUCUUCCCUGUCUUUCUGAAAGUGCAUGGUCAUUGGGUUAUAGCCACCAGAUUCUCCACUAUGGUAUUUACCAGGCUAAUCAUAAGUCAUAUACUUGCAGGUUAUAAUGAUUUGGAAGCACUGUAAAAUAAAAACCAUAAAGCUGAUCUUAGCUUUGGAAAUGCUAUUUCCCCAAGAUCAGUGCUGUAGGGAGGUGGUCUGUAAGGUCCUGAGAGGCUGUGUGCAGUUGAUGGUCUGACGUGGGCACCCCAAGGGACAGAGCACGUCACUGGGCUGACCCUAAGGAAUAUGACCCAUACAUUGCAGAACUUUUUCUAGAUGCACCUAAUUAUUAUAUAUCUUCUCAACAUGAGUUUUUAUGACAGAAAUUUUUAAAUGUUCAUUCUAGAAUAUUUUUACCCUUCAGAAAAAAACACUUUUUGUUACACGUGAGUUGGGUUUGGGGGGGAAGAACAUUGUGGAUAACAACAUUUUUGUAAUAUUAUUAAAUACAUUUUCCAGAUGAAGAUGUGACAAGUCCAGACUUUCACUGCAACAGCGGGGUCUGCUUUCAUACUGCUCCUUUUGCACUGUGCUGCUUCACUAUUCCAAUUGAGCAUCAAAACCCUUGAAAAGCAGAACAGUGGGGAAACAGGUGAACUCACCUUCACUUCGAGCCGUUUGCUCUCUAUGUACAUUCCACACGUACCCCACAUUUGUUCAGACCAAACACUCCUGUCCUACAUCCAUAUCGAUGUAUUUAUAGAUAUAUAUAUAGAUAUAUAUAUAUAUAUAUACAUGUGAUCAUUUGUAUAUAUAAUAUAAGAGCAUAGCUACUUUGUUGUUGUCAAAUACGGAGUCAAUCUAACGAAAACGUUUAUAGGCACACAGUUUUGUUUGUUGUCUUACGUAUUUUAAAAUAAAGGUCAUUCUUGGGAAAUUAUUUUUCUGUACAUAGGCAGAUAUAUUUAGGACGGAACUUAAAUGAAUAAAGAACACGUUAAACUAGCCUAGUUGCAUGACAUAGCUGUCAGAAAAAAAGUUUUGCUGCGACUGUAAGUGAAUCCUUGCACUUCUUGUAAAGCUGCAAAGUGUUGCUAACCCCAGAUUUAGCACUGGAUCUGUGAUCCCAACCUGACGUGUCAGUCAAGGCGUUUUGCUUCCUCAGAGCCCUUCUGUCAGGCUCUCCCGCCUGUCGUGGUGAGCAGAGCUGACAGGGGAAGGCUGGGCUGCAGGAAAAUAGGGGAAAAACUGGCAGAGACGAAACCAGAGCUUGGUGAGCAGCAGGCUCUUCUCCCCUUAGGAAGUGUGGGAUGGAUUGUCCAUCCUGUGAUGGACUAGAAGUGAAAUCCCUCCCUGUUAUGGUGCCUACUCCACAGGGAUGGGACUGGUGGUGGAAUCUGUACUUAUCAGGAGUAAGGGAGAAGGUUGGGCACAGGAUCAUGGAGCUCUCCUGGCACCAGUCGGAAUGCUGAUCACACAGUAUGUCAAGAGCAAGUCACUCUGUGAGGAGCAUAUGGAAAGACGAGUGAGAGUGCACAGCUUUCGGCAGUGCGAAGUGCCCGAGUUGGGUUGAAGCAAUUCCUAUUUGGGUGACGAUUCGUAAAGGCUUAAAGCUUUUCACCAGGCUAACCCCCAGCUUUUGCAGAAUACCUUAUUCCAGUCCUCACUUUGCCAAAAUAGUUUAGAUUCCAACAGCCUUUACAGACUUAUUCAUGGAGUACUUUUUAUUCAGUGUUGAUACAUCAUUCAGAAAAGAUGGCCGUAGUAUUUUUUCAGUGUCAAUACUUAGAACUGGGGAAUCCCCACCCCAUGAUGGUGGUGUGACUUUUUAGUGCACUUGUUGUUGCCAAACGAAUGGUAUCAAUUAGUUUCCUUUUCUUCUUAAGAAAAGAAGUGUUGUACUAUAUGUAGUAUUUGUAAGAUCUUAAAAAUUACAAAGACAUUAGAAAAUAACCAUUAUAUGUAGGUCUUAAGAGCUGGACAGGUAGGAGAAAUGGUUCCUUUUUUCGGAGAAGAUGUAAUUCACUUGUAUUGUUCAUUUACAUUGCAGCUAACUAUCCUACAGGAACACAUCCAUACUGUGAAAGGGGCUUAUUUGAAAGCAUUUCUAACAGAUAUAACAUUUCUAAUUGGUAUAACAAAUAACUAACAACAAAUUGGAUGCCACUGUUUCUCGUAAGACAAUUUCAACUGUACUUUGGUUGCUCUGAAUGUGUUACUUCCUCUGCUGCACUUGAUUAAAUAAUUCUGUUUAUGGACAGUGUCAAAUGAAACAAAAGUCUUCAAAAUGAUGCAUUCACCUGUUUGAGGAAUUAUGCCGCGUCCCAGACUGCAUUCACUGAGGUGGAAGGUGCAGAUCAGACUUCAGUCUGUGCAAAUUGUUAGACAAACAAGACUGUAUUUGUGCAAGUGAAAUUAUGCAAGAAUAAACACUGUUGUUUUUCUUUUUUUAUUUUAA